AUGGAUAACUUUUUUGACUCUUAGUGUUAUUAAGUUGAAACAGGCAUAACACUCAAGAAACAAAUUGUAUUUCUCAAAGUUGGGACAAAUAACUUUGUUAGAUGUUAAUUGUAGUUAGUAAACACAAUUUUAACGUUGAACUAUUUUGAGGAGGAGACAGAAAUCUUGAAUUCAAUAAAUAUAGCCAAUUCAUAUAUUGAAUUUAAUGAUCAUGUUUGUAUGGGAAGAGGUGUGAAAAUUCGAUAGUAAAAUAAAGAAUUACUCAUAUUUGGUCUAACUUCUUAAUUGAAGUAAAUACUGAAACUUUAUGGAAUUCAGAAGGAUUUUGCUAAUUAAUAUAGAGUUUUGAAAUAGAUAGGAAGUGGGAGUUUUGGAAAGGUAAUUAAUACAUAAUAUAUAUUAGGUUUACAAAGUUAAGAAUGUUUAAAAUGAAUAACAAUUUGCUGUCAAAAUGUUUGAGAAAUAAUUAUUACUUGAUCGUCGUGAUAAAAGUGCAAUUCUAAAGGAAAUCUAAAUAUUAAGAUUGAUGGAUCAUCCUAAUGUUCUUUCAAUAAAAGAAUGUUAUGAGAGUGAUCAAUGUGUAUUUUUGGUGGAAGAACUUUUCGAGAUGUAAAUGGAUAUAAGUUAAGAAAAGAUACUUAAAGAAGAUAAGGCAAUAAGUUUAUUAUUGAAAUUAUUAAAUGGACUUGAGUACAUUCACUCUAAAAAAAUAAUACAUCGAGAUAUAAAACCUAAUAAUAUUUUAUUUAGAAAUAUAGAGGAUCCAGUAAUAGCAGAUUUUGGAUUAGCAGACUUUUACAGACCAGAUGGUAGUUAUCUCUUUUAAAAGUGUGGUACUAGAAAUUAUGUGGCUCCUGAGAUUAUAACUACACAUAAUUAUGAUUAUAAAGUAGAUAUUUAUAGUAUGGGUGUUGUGUUUCAUUAAUUACUUACUGCAUAAAUUCCACGUCCUUGGGAUAAUUAUAAACAUUCACCAGAUUGUCAGGCUUUAUUGAUUGGAAUGUUAAAUUCUAAUCCAAGAGAUAGACUCUCAAUUUAAGAGAUAAGACAAAAUAAACUUGUUAAACGUAUUUAAAGAAGAAGCUAAAUUUUUGAUGCUAUGGGAAGUCUAUCUGAUGCUGCUAAACCAAAUUUAAAUACUCCUGAAGUAUAGACUAAACCAUUCUCGCUUCAUUCAGCCUGAGU